AUGAAGAAACAGUUUUAUAGGGUAAAGCAACUCGCGGAUCAAACAUUUUCAAGUAAAUCUGGAAAGGCAGCCGGUUUGACAGAUGAGUUGCAGACAGCAGACAAAAAGGUUGAACACCUACGGAAUGCGUUACAAUUACUUAGCAAGCGUUUGUCAACCGGUGCAGGGAGUACGCAAGGCCAGGACCCUGCCGCUAGAGAGAAAAGGCUUAAAAAAUUGCCCGAGUACCUUCUUGGACUCUCUAUGUGUGAAGCUAGCAAUUUUGAUGAUGACGAUAGCAUAUUAAAGUAUAUCUUGUUUGAAUGUGGUAAAACAGAAAAAUUUCUUGCAAAUGAAAUUGCUGAACACGAACUGAAAGUGGAGCAGUUGGUGUGCGCUCCACUCUCAGCUAUUAGUGACACAGAUCUCCCGGCUAUCAUGAAAGCCAAAAAACAGUUGAACAGGCUUCUAAGUGAAAAGGAAUCAGCAACCAGUCGAUAUAAUCAUCUAGAAAGACAGAAAGAAGAGAAUCCAACAAAAUUAAGUGCUGCCAAAGAAGAACUUGAAGAGGUUGGAAUUCGUGUUGAAGCAGCCCGAGAUGCACUGGCCGCUGAUAUGUUUGCCCUUGUUGCUAAGGAAGCCCAAUUGGCACACACACUCCUACAGUAUGUGAAGUUACAGAGAGCAUAUCAUGAAUCCGCAUUGCAUUCCCUACAGGACACAGUACCUGAGUUAGAAAAAUUUAUUAACGAUAGUUCCGUGAAACCAGUAUUCGGAUAUCCUCUGGAGGAGCACUUGCGGGUGACAGGGCGAACCAUCGCGUUCCCGAUAGAACUGUGUGUGUGUACGCUGCACGAACUGGCUCUCAAUGAAGAGGGCCUAUUCAGAAUCGCUGGCGGCACUUCAAAAGUUCGAAGACUGAAGUUAUCCUUAGACGCAGGCCUGUUCAAUGUUCCGUUGCCCGAGGCCUACAGAGACAUGCACGUGGUUGCUUCAGUUCUCAAAUGUUAUUUAAGAGAACUACCCGAACCCUUAUUGACAUAUCGCCUCUACGAAACAUUUAUGAUCGCCUCUAGACAACCUACUGAACAAACUCGACUUAACGCUCUCUGGGAAGCCAUACACUUGUUGCCCGAAGCCAACUUUCAAAAUCUUAGGUAUCUUAUUAAAUUUUUGUCUACUUUGACUCAAAACCAAAGUACUAACAAAAUGACUCCCUCGAACCUUGCUAUUGUCAUUGCUCCCAAUCUCCUCUGGGCAGCGGAUGAAAGCACCUUCGACAUGAAUAUAACAACGGCAGUCAACUGCAUCGUAGAACUGCUCAUCAAACACGCUGACUGGUUCUACAAAGAUGAUAUUAACUUUUUUAUCUCCUUCACGAAAGAGGAUUUACUUCCAGAGCACUAUGACUAUGGUUUCACAACAAACUUCAAUCACGGCUUUAAUCAAACAGCUGCUAUGAAUCAAGAACCAGCUAACGGUGACUACAGCAGCAUGAGUAAAUCUAUGUUUGAUUACAAUCACCACACUCAAAACAAAACAACAGACACAGGUCGACAUUCGAGGAGCAAUAGUCAUGACACUAGUUUAAUUCUUCUAGACAACAACAUGAAAAAAGCUCAGUCAAAUAGUUCUCUGUCUGAUCAAUCUAGUCCCCCACAUGGAAGUCCAAAACCAAUUUUAAGACGUAAAAAUAAACCUUUAGCACCGGUACCACCUAAUUUCACUCCUGAUAAGAAUAAAAAAGUAGAACCCGCAGCACCAGUGGCCGACGUCACUAGAGACCAGCUUAAUGCGUCAAAGGUGGAUAACGACAAGCCUGCCAAACCUCCGAGGCCUCUUGUGCCGGAUACAGGGAAGGUGAUUUCCGGUGUACAAACAAUUAACCGUUCUACAUAUAGGCAAAACAGAGCAAUGAAGGAAGAAGCGGCGCGCAGUGGCAGUCGCGAACAUCUCGCAGAUACACGCAGACAGAGUCUCGAGCUUGAUAAAGAUAAACUGGAUAUACUUAAAGUAUCCGAUGGUAGCAAAGAAGGGACGACUCUCGUAGUCAAGAACAUGACUGCACAGUCAGUAUCCGUGGGUCGCUUAAAAGUUGUCGGAGAUGCAGGUAGUGGUCCAGCAUCUCUAGGAGUUGAGAGAACGACUACUACUGAAAAAUCAAUACCAGCACGUCAACAGCCUACAACUAAACCGAUCGGUCAGCCACCGCCUAGACCCGUAGCAGCGCCCCGCACUAUAUUACCUGUAACAGCCACUGAGGCCGAUGGCGAAGUCCAACUACGGCACAAACCUGCUGUGCCUGAGCGCCCUGCAACUCUACGUCCGCAGAGCUUCCGAGCUCCGCGCUCGUCGCUUACUGACGCUUCUGAAGUCGCUCCCACGGUUCUGGAGCGGACACAUAUUUAUACGGUUGACAAGCAACAACCUACACUUAUCCAAGUUGGGGGUGGAGCUACCGCUGGAAGCGAACAGAGAGAGAGUGAAGAGAUUCCGCGGGCGACGGUUCAACGUACCCAUAGUUCUGGUGGUCGAGAUGAUGAGUUAGAAGAGCCGAGGAGCUUGUGUGUCGCUAGUCGUCAGCUCUCACAGUCGGAGGGUGAUAUUACAGAACCACCAUCACCACGACCGCAACUGGGGCGACCUCCUCGCCCGCUUGUGCCGGCGCCCCCGCCACCGGUGCAGGUUGCCCCAGCGCACGCCCCACCAGCACACUCCCCCACAGCGUCAACCGCGCCUGGCACAACCCCCGGGUCGAUCGCUCAGGCUGUACAGUCCACACCAUCAGUGCCCCCACAAAACGAGAGCACGGAUCUUUAG